AAAUUAAAUGUGAAAUGUGGUAGAACGUCUACAAUCAGUCAAAAACAAAAUGUGAAGAGAAGACUAUUAUUAGCUGAAAUGUUGGACUUCGGACUUUCAAAAAAUGUCUAAAAGAAGAGGAUCUAUCAGUCUUAAGAACGAGGCCACCGUUACUGACCUUCACAGGAAGUUAGCAGGGCACAGAAGUCCGUGGUCGUCAGGUUUGUUGAAACGGAGUGAUUUCUUUACACCUUUUGAGGAAAUAUUGUUGGAGGCUGUUGCCGGCCAGCCCCCGGGUGUCAAUAUGCCGACGACGAGACCACAAACCGCGACAAUGAGAAAGAAAAUACGUCCCAGUUCGGCUGGACCAAAUCUGCAGUCUCAUCCAUGUUACUCAACAAGUUUAUUCGAUAGUAAUAGACCGUCGACAGCUUCAUCUUCGUCUUUACGGACACAAGAGAAAGGUGCGUUACCCGUCAGACCAGUGACACAGGCUGGCCCAAGGAGACAAUAUCGAGCCCCUCAAGCAGAUGUACGUCUUCAAGAAAUUCAAAAACAGCCUCGCCGACUCACGCUCGGCACUGUUGAUGGGCUUCAGCCUGACUUGAUUAAAAAUAGACCAAGGUCUGGUAAUGGACAGAUAUCAGAUCAACUGAAAAAUAAAAUUGAAGAACAGAUUGAUUUGAAUACAUUAGAAGAAUUGAAGAAGGCUUUCUUGAGAGCAGACAGGGAUGAGUCUGGACAGUUAGAUCUAGAAGAAUUUAAAGCUUUGCUGAAGGCAAGAUUGAACCUUAGGGUCACUAAAGAAGCACAAAUUGAAGCUCUAUUUAAGAAGAUUGACUGGUCCUACAAUGGUGGUAUUACCUGGGAUGAGUUCUGUACUUACAUGCAGUUGGAGUAUGCCGAGAAAGAGGACUCUUACCUCAGAUCAAAGGAGGUGGAGUUUCUGUUACCAGCCAAGAUAGCGAGUCCUCCUCAUAGAGAUCCUAUACUGAGGAUGACAAGUAACACUGAUGGAUCAUUCUUAGCCUGCAGUCAGGAUGGUACAGUAACAUUCUGGGGAAUGUCGGGUAAUGAACUGAAAUGGAAGAGAAAGAAAGAGAUUGUUAACACAGAAACAAUGUCCAGAACCAAACCAAAAUGGAUCACAGAUUUUGUCAUCAUGCCAGAAUAUAACAAAUUUAUAGUUGGAACAGGUGAUAGAGAAAUCCAGUUCUUUGAGUUAUCUUCCUUUGACCCAUAUUGUCAAGUCAGUAGCCUAGAAUCAGUACCUUUACAGUUAGACUAUUGUGCUACCAAUACAGAUGAAUGUAUAAUUGUAUUUGGUGAUAGUCAAGGAUGUAUUAAUAUUCUAGUCAUAAAAAAUCCUGGAGAAUCUUUGAGGUUGUGGAAGAAAGAGAAGCGACAUCAAGGUUUUAUACCAAGUAUAUCUUUAGAUCAAAUCAUAGAAAAACACAGAGCUAUGUUUAUAAGAUGGCAGGUUCAUAAGGACUGGGUACAGCAGUUGAAGUACUACCAUGAUAUCAAAAUGAUAAUCUCCUGUUCCAAUGAUAGAGACACAGCUCUUGUUAAAGGAUGUAUUAUGGGUAGUUCACACAGAUCACAAGAAAUUGCUGAAUACCAACAAUCAAUGAUCCGCCAACAAAAUGCAGGAAAGAAAGAUUCCAAAGAUCCCCAGGACAAGGCCAAGCUAAGACAGAUGUUAGCUGUACCUAAACCAAGACAAUCAUCAGACCAAGCAGUAUUCCAGGUGUACAAAGGAGUCAAAUGUUUUGAUUUCUGUAAAGAUAAAAAUAUUAUUGUCACUGGUGGUAUGGACAGAAUUGUAAGAUUAUGGAAUCCAUAUGUGAAUUUGAAGCCAACUGCCAUGUUGAGGGGACAUAAUGCCCCAAUAUUUUACCUUAUGAUUGCCAAGGAGGAAAACAGAAUCUUCAGUAUUUCUACAGACAGAUGUAUAAAGAUCUGGGAUAUUCAGGACCACAAUUGUCUGAUGACCGUGAGGGAAAAGGGUCAUGCUAUUAGAGGAGAUAUCCAAGCCUGCCAUUACUCAAUUAUCUCAAAAUCGUUGGCAAUAGCAACCGAUAAUAUGUGCUUAUUACAGUUACGACAGAAAUCAGAUCAAGAUACAAAAAAUGUCAGACCAACAUUACAUAGAGAUAUAACAGUAACUCACAAGGAACCAGUCACCUGCUGCAAAUAUAAUGCCUGUUUUAAUUAUGUCAUUACCUGCUCAGAGGGCUCAGUAAUAAAGAUCUGGGACUUUGAGACAGGGACAGCUAUAUUUGAGUAUGGAGAAGCACAUGGUGAUUCUGCUAUAACCUGUAUGACUUUUGAUAAUACAGAAAGAAGGUUGAUAACUGGAGCAAGAGAUGGAGUAUUAAAUAUAUGGAAUUACAAUAACGGACACUGUCUCAGAAAACUACAAAAAUCCAAAGGUAAUGAUGAGAUCUGUGAUGUUGUGUACGUUGAGAUGAACAAGAAUCGGUAUAUAAUAUCUGUAGGAUGGGACAAAAGAAUCAACAUUUACUCUGACUCUCAGACUGAUUCCAAUAUACACCAAGUACAGCAUCCUAAUAUAGUCUGGACAGAUGAUCUGAAAAAUGGUCAUAAAGAAGAUAUAUUGACCAUAGCCCAGUGCCAGCCAAACUUACUAGCAACAGCAGGGUAUGAUGGGGAAAUAGUUGUAUGGAAUAUGGUAUCUGGUCAUAUUUUCUGUAAAUUACAUGGUAAGAGUAGUGUGAGUAAGUUAGUAUUUAUGUCAGAGAGAGCCUACAACAAAGGGGCAGCCUCGUUAAUCUCUAACGGACCUGAUGGACAUAUCCUGUUCUGGAAAGUGUUUGAGGGAGGAUCUCUACUAGCAGACUUCCCUGGGACUUCCACAGAGGGUGCUUUAAUCAGUACUAUGACAAUCAAUGAGGCCAAUACUAUGCUAUGUGUGGCUGAUAAUUUAGGAUUUGUAUUUGUAUAUAAUGUUGAUGGCUAUGCAUUGUCAGGGUAUGAAGAGGAACCUCCUGAAUUGGUGAACACAUGGAGAGGACAUGUAGAUAGUAUAUCUUGUAUAGAGUUAGUAGAGAAAAACAAAGUUAUAAUGACAGCUUCUAUAGACUGUACAGUCAGGCUGUGGAACUAUGAAGGCAAUUAUAUAGGUACAUUUGGUCAGCCAGAACAGUGGGACCUAUAUAACACCUCUACUUUCUGUCAUCCCAUGGUGCCAUAUGAUGUACUGAUAGACCCCAUGAGUUUACCGUCUCAUCCAGUACUGAAAGAAGGAAGUAAGACAGACGAUCUCCUGGAGGAAAUUAAAAAGAAAGAAGAUGAAACAGCAAAGAUACAGCCAGCAUAUACAUCGUAUGCCAAGCCACAGAUCAACAUAGAUGAUGAAACAAUUGCUAGAGAUAUCAAAGAUCUAAAUGGCAUCCUCAAAGAUACAGGACUUGAUGAAGAACAAGCCAAGAAUUAUCAUGGGAAAUGGUUACGCCAUGAGAAAACAAAGAUUAAGAAAAUAGACAAAGGAGGACCGUCAGAUUAUCAGACAUUAAAAUGGUCCCAAAUUGUGGACCCACCUAACCCAGAUUUUCCCAAAGUGAAAUUUGACAAAGACGAUCCUUUUGGGUCAGGCAUGGACCCUGAAAUGAUGACCAAUAGUCUUAAAUCUUUUACAAAUAAACAACAGGCUGUGUCAUAAUUAUUGGUCUCUUAUAUUGAAGAAACAAUAUUUAUAUUGAAAAAUUGUGUUUAGAAUUGUUUUAUUAUAAUGAUAUGUCUAUUAAAUGCAUUUAUUUUUGCAGAAGGAAAAAAUGUAAUGUAUUGAAAUAUUUAAAUGCAAUUUCUUUGGAUUUUUUUAAUGAAGAGACAAACAUUUUUAGAAUAACUGUAUUGAAGUUUUUGUAAUGGGAUUUUAUAGCCAAUUUGUGCACAAAAUUUUAUAGAAAGUAAAAACUAAUGCUGAGUUUGUAUUUCUUACUUAUGUGUUUUUUUUCUUCAAAACUCACUCAAGAACUGCUGCUGCUUAGAAUUUAUCCACCAUACUAGUAUUCACAAUUGUUUUUUUUUUCCAUUGUCACUUUAAGACACUUUUUAGAAUUAUUUACCUCACUUUUAUAUUUGAUAGAACUUUUUUUCAUUUGUAAUUUUGAAAUGUGAUAAUUAUGAAUUAUUUUUAGAUUUUUAGAAUGAUACAUUUUUUAUUUGCUUUAUGUCCAUUUAUCAGAGAAAGUAAUCAAUUAUAUUUUUUGUGGUAAUAAAAAUCUAAUUAAUGAAAAUUCAAUAUUAUAUUUAUACUAUAUACUGUUUAUUUUAAGAACUUUAAAUGUUCCUUAUGCAUUAUAAUUUUACACCCUGUUAAGUUGAAUAAAUUUCAUUACUUCUUAAAAUAUUGAUUAAUGGUCAUUAUGAUAUAGAUUUAUAAUAUUUUGCUGCUUUUAAAGAUAAAUAUUUAAAGAGAUUUGUGAAGGCUUUUUAUAUUGCAAGUCUUGUUUCCGUCCAUAAUUAUAUUAAUGAAAUGAAAGGGAAAAAUGUGAUAACAAUUAUGAGGUUUAUAAUUUUGUACAUGUGAUAUAUACUCACUUUUAACUUAUCUGUUUUGUAUAGUGUUUGUAUAUAUGUACAUAUUUAAGAGUCUAUGUAUACUAUUGGUAUAUUUUAUUUAUAUUUGACAAUUUUUAUGCAAUAUUUCCUCAUGUGUGCCAAUUCAAGCUGAUAUAAAAAUAUAUGAUACUGUGGAUUCAUUAAUAUUCAUUGGAUAACAUUUUUGUGGUUAUAGGUUAACCAAGAAUUUAUUCAUUAAAUGAAUUGUAAAUAAUAUAAAUGAUUUGUAUGCAGAGAUUGGCAAAACCAGGAAAUCAAAUUGCCACGAAAAUGCAAUUGUUAGUCAAUCUUCAAAAACUGAUACCCUUGAGAAUAAAUGAAUCCACAGUAGACUGUCGUAAAUAUAAAUUUUAAUUGUAAUUGUUACAAUUAACAAAACUGCUUUUGUAUGACAUGAAUAAAAGUGCUUUUGGUUAAGCCCUAUGCACAAAGUGAAAUAUUUUCUUGCUUGGAUUUGUUUUUUUUUAUAAAGAAAAUCGAUGUACCUUUAUUUCUAAGUGUUUACAUUUAAAUAAACUAAUACAUCAAUUCUCAAUACUGUUUCCAAGUGGGACAGUGGCAUGAUACUUUUUCCAAAUAAAGGGAGGGGGCAUAUGGCCUAUGCAUUUUUACUGUAUCCACCAUCUUUCUGUAAAAAUUUAACAUUUGACUAUUAUCCAGCUUCUCUUUCUUCCAACACUACAUUUAAGAUGGUACCUAACACUACAGGGAGAUAACUCUUUAAAAUCAGCUAAAUGUUUUAAUUACGCUGUGUUGUUAAGAGAAUAUUAAGCUUCUCAAUGAUCAAAAUAAGUAUUUUUCAAACUGCUAUAUAACCAGUGUAUUUUUUCUGAGAAAACGGUUGGUUCAAAUUUUAAAAAUUUUUGUUAAAGUGUCAAAGUAAAUAAUUUGACAAAAUUUUAUGAAAAUUAAACGAGCCAAAUUAAUUUUAGUCAAAGUGUUGGGUACCACCUUAAUUGUACUAUGUGAUGAGGACUUUUUGUCUGAAACUUUAUGACAAUCAUUAAUAAAAAGUAUUAUAUACUGUUUUCCCUAAUAAGUACAGUCUUGCUAACUAUUUGUGUCUGAUGAAUGGAUGAUUUGAAACACUUGUAUAUUUUUACUCUUCCAUGUACUCAUUGUCCUCUUUCAGACAUUGUAAGCUGAAAAAGAUGCAGUACUAUUUUCUACUGAAUUUGAAAUAAACAAGAAUAAUGUUUGAUAAAUUUAAAAUUGUAUCAAAUCAUUUCCCUGUGACCAAUACAGGAUUGUAGAAUCAUGUUUUAUUUUCCCUUUUAACAAUUUUUUUAUAUUCUGUUGUUAGAUUUGCCAAGCACUGUUGCUUUUCAUAUUAUUGUAUUCAUCCACAACAAGAAUCUGUGAUGCAUUUCUAUUUCAAAAUAAAAUUAAAAAUAUAA